GGAAAUUAUUUAAAUAUUAAGUAUAGAGAGAGUGUAUUGCCAAAAAAGGAAACAGGACAUUUCAAGUGGGACAACCCAAAAAUGAAAACAGGACAUUUCAGCUGGGACGGAGGGAGUACAUAGUUUAGAUAGCAAGAUAUUUUUACCCAAAAUAUAUAAAUACUCCAAAACCUAAUUAAAGUCCAACAGCUACAAGCCUACAAUCUGGAGAAGAGGCCAGAACGUUCUCCGCAAACUUCACUUGCGAAUUACAGGGGGAAUGGCAGCCGCCGCCGCAACAUCAGCCGCCUUCGUCACCGCGAGGCUCCUCGCUUCCUCCUCUCGGAAACUCAAACAACCCUUCUCUCUCCUCUCUCCACAAAAAAGAUCCAGCUCCUUUUCCAUCAAUUCUGCCCCACUCCCCCUCCGCCGCCCCCAAACCCUCCGAUUCUCCACCGUCCCCAGCAUAUCCGCCACGAUCUCCGUCGGCGACAAGCUGCCUGACGCCACCCUCUCCUACUUCGACUCCGCCGACGAGCUCCAGACAGUCUCUGUCGCCGACCUGACAUCCGGCAAAAAAGUCAUUCUAUUCGCAGUCCCGGGGGCGUUCACCCCCACCUGUUCCCAGAAGCAUCUCCCCGGAUUCGCGGCGAAGGCGGCCGAUUUGAAGGCAAAGGGUGUGGACACGAUCGCCUGCGUUUCCGUCAACGAUGCGUUCGUGAUGAAGGCGUGGAAGGAGGAUUUGAAAAUUGGGGAUGAUGUGUUGAUGUUGAGCGAUGGAAAUGGGGAUUUCACCAGGGCGAUUGGGUGCGAGCUCGAUUUGAGCGAUAAACCGGUGGGGUUGGGGGUGAGGUCGAGGAGGUAUGCUAUGUUCGUUGAAAACGGCGUCGUUAAGAUCUUGAAUUUGGAGGAGGGCGGUGCAUUCAAUGUUAGCAGCGCCGAGGACAUUCUCAAAGCCAUUUCGUGAUUUUCUUUUAUUCGUUUGUUUAUGGAGGAAAUAAAUGUUAUGCUUUUUAAUUUUCUACCGUUUCUUGCUCUUCUACGUCUUUCAUUCUUCUUAACCAAUGGUUAUGGAAUUUAUGUGCUUGCUAUUUA